AUGCGAGCCCCCACCCGAGCUCCCCCCGCCAGCCACCCCCACCCCCACGCCAGCCCCCCCCACGCCAGCCCCCCCACCCGAGCCCCCCCUCCAGCCCCCACGCGAGCCCCCCUCCCACAGGCGAGCUCCUCCCCCACGCGAGCCCCCCCACCCGAGGCCCCCACCCGUGAGCGCCCCCCACGCGAGCCCCGCCCACCCGAGGCCCCACCCGUGAGCGCCCCCCACGCCAGCCCCCCCCUCCCCACCCCCCCCACGCCAGCCCCCCACCCGAGCCCCGCCCAUCCCCCCGCGAGCCCCCCCACCUCGAGCCCAGCCCCACGCGAGCCCCGCCCACACGAGACCCUCCCACCCCCACGCCAGCCCCCCAUCCGAGCCCCGCCCCCCACGCCAGCCCCCCCACGUGAGCCCCCGCCCACGCAAACCCCCACGCGAGCCCCCCCCGAGCCCCGCCCACCCGAGCCCCGCCCAUCCCCCACCGAGCCCCCCCACCCGAGCCCCCCCCACACCAGCCUCCCCCACACGAGCCCACCCCCCCACGAGUCCACCCCCACACGAGACCCCCCCCCACCCCCACGCCAGCCCCACCACGUGAGCCCCGCCCACCCAACCCCCCCACGCCAGCCCCCCCACGCGAACCCCCCCCCCACAGGCGAGCUCCUCCCCCACGCCAGCCCCACCCCCACACGAGCCCCACCCCCACGCCAGCCCCACCCCCACACGAGCCCCACCCCCACGCGAGCCCCACCCACACGAGACCCCUCCACCCCCUCACCAGCCCCCCCCCUCGCGAGCCGCCCCCCCCACGCGCCAGCCCCCACACCCAACCCCCCCCACGUGAGCCCCGCCCACCCGAGGACCCCCCACGCGAGCCCCGCCCACCCAACCCCCGCCACGCGAGCCCCCUCGAGCCCCGCCCACCCGAGCCCCCCCCACCUCGAGACGCGCCCCCACGCCAGCCCCCCCCACCGAGCCCACCCCCACACGAGACCUCCCCGCCAGCCACCUCACGUGAGCCCCGCCCAUCCGAGCCCCGCCCACCCGAGACCCCCCCACCCGAGCACCCCCACCUCGAGCCCCGCCCACCCGAGGCCCCCCCACGACAGCCCCCCCUCCCCACGCGACCCCCCCCCACGAGCCCACCCCCACACGAGACCCCUCCACCCCCACGCCAGCCCCCCCUCGCGAGCCGCCCCCCCCCACGCGAUCCCCCUCCCCACGCGGGCCCCUCCCCCCACGCGAGCCCCCCCCCACGCAAGCCCCCCCCCCACGCCCCCCCCACACCAACCCCACCCACCCGUGUCCACCCACGAGUGA